AUGGAAAAGGAAAACACGAGUUCUUUUGAAGGCUUCAUCCUGGUGGGCUUCUCUGACCGUCCUCACUUAGAGCUCAUCCUCUUCGUGGUAGUUCUCUCCUUUUAUCUGUUCACUCUUCUUGGCAACAUGACCAUCAUCUUGCUUUCGGCUCUGGAUUCCCGGUUGCACACACCCAUGUAUUUCUUUCUGGCCAACCUCUCAUUCCUGGAUAUGUGUUUCACCACGGGCUCCAUCCCACAGAUGCUCUAUAACCUCUGGGGUCCAGACAAGACCAUCAGCUACGUGGGUUGUGCCAUCCAGCUGUAUUUUGUCUUAGCAUUGGGAGGGGUGGAGUGUGUCCUCCUGGCUGUCAUGGCGUAUGACCGGUACGCUGCUGUCUGCAAGCCCCUGCACUACACAGUCAUCAUGCACCCUCGUCUCUGUGGGCAGUUGGCUUCAGUGGCAUGGUUGAGUGGCUUUGGCAAUUCUCUCAUUAUGGCACCGCAGACAUUGAUGUUGCCCCGCUGUGGACACAGGCAGGUGGACCACUUUCUCUGUGAAAUGCCAGCCCUGAUUGGCAUGGCAUGUGUGGACACUAUGGUCUUGGAGGCACUGGCUUUUGCAUUGGCGAUUUUUAUCAUCUUGGCACCUCUAAUCCUCAUCCUUAUCUCCUAUGGUUACAUUGCCCGAGCAGUGCUGAGGAUCAAGUCAGCUGCUGGGAGAAAGAAAGCCUUCAACACCUGCAGUUCCCACUUAAUCGUUGUCUCUCUCUUCUACGGUACCAUCAUAUACAUGUACCUCCAGCCAGCAAACAGUUACUCCCAGGACCAGGGCAAGUUUCUCACUCUUUUCUACACCAUAGUCACUCCUAGUGUUAACCCCCUGAUCUAUACUCUGAGAAACAAAGAUGUCAAAGAGGCCAUAAAGAAAGUGAUAGGAAAGGAGAAAGAGAGUGAAGACUCCCAGCUCAAAGGACCAGUAAAUAUCUUCAACAAAAUCAUAGAAGAAAACUUCCCUAACCUAAAAAAACAGAUACCCAUAGGCAUACAAGAAGCCUACAGAACUCCAAAUAGAUUGGACCAGAAAAGAAACACCUCCCGGACACAUAACAGUCAAAACACCAAAUGCACAAAACAAAGAAAGAAUAUUAAAAGCAGUAAGGGAAAAAGGUCAAGUAACAUAUAAAGGCAGACCUAUCAGAAUGACACCAGACUUUUCGCCAGAGACUAUGAAAGCCAGAAGAUCCUGGACCGAUGUCAUACAGACCCUAAGAGAGCACAAAUGCCAGCCCAGGUUACUGUA